CGUCACUUCCUGGCCCUGCAGCCGGCGGCAGCGAGGCGAGAAGCCGGGGCCGGGGGCGGCGUGGCCCGCAGCCUGCCCGGGGCCCGCCACCAACAUGCCCUUUGACUUCAGGAGGUUUGACAUCUACAGGAAGGUGCCAAAAGACCUUACACAGCCAACCUACACAGGGGCUAUUAUCUCUGUCUGCUGCUGUCUCUUUAUACUGUUUCUCUUCCUGUCUGAGCUCACCGGAUUCAUAGCCACUGAAAUAGUUAAUGAGCUCUAUGUGGAUGACCCAGACAAAGACAGUGGAGGUAAAAUAGAAGUGAAUCUGAACAUCAGUUUGCCAAACCUGCAUUGUGAAUUAGUUGGACUAGACAUCCAAGAUGAAAUGGGAAGGCACGAAGUGGGUCAUAUUGACAACUCAAUGAAGAUACCUCUCAAUAAUGGAGAUGGCUGCAGGUUUGAGGGCCAUUUCAGCAUCAACAAGGUCCCUGGUAACUUUCACGUGUCAACGCACAGUGCCACUGCGCAGCCUCAGAAUCCUGACAUGACUCACGUCAUUCACAAGCUCUCAUUUGGGGACAAGUUACAGGUCCAUAACGUUCAUGGAGCAUUCAAUGCCUUGGAGGGAGCAGACAAACUCAGCUCAAAUCCUCUUGCGUCUCAUGAUUACAUAUUGAAGAUAGUCCCGACGGUGUACGAAGACAUGAGCGGCAAGCAGCGAUACUCAUACCAAUACACUGUAGCAAAUAAGGAGUAUGUAGCCUACAGUCACACUGGCCGCAUUAUCCCAGCUAUCUGGUUUCGUUACGACCUGAGCCCCAUCACAGUGAAAUACACAGAGAGGCGACAGCCUUUGUACAGGUUUAUCACAUCGAUAUGUGCCAUCAUCGGAGGAACAUUUACCGUAGCUGGGAUCCUCGACUCCUGCAUUUUCACAGCAUCAGAAGCCUGGAAGAAGAUCCAGCUGGGGAAAAUGCAGUAGCGGUGAAACUCUACCUGAGUCUCCAAGGACAGGAGCAAAGAUUGAGAAAUCUACCACUACCUGUUUUUGUCUUUAUUUUCUAUUUGAUUGAAUCAGUACGUUUUUCUCUAAUCAGGCUGUUCGGUGAAGACGUCUUCAAAAAAUCAAAGAAAUCUCCAUGCAUUUCAGAGCUCUGAGAGUGAAAAAUCAAUGGAAUCAGGGCGUGGAUUUCAAUUCUCUCCCCCCAGAAAGAGAGGUUGAAAUGCCAUAAAUGAAAUACACUGUCAGAUCUAAGUAAGGAUGAUAGUCUGUUCUCUGGGAGGUUCCUAUGGCAGUGUACAAACUAGGUAGUAGAUAGCAAUGAGUUGAGCUGUCUUGUGGCACUUUUUGGAAUUCUGUUGGAUUUGCAUGAUUAGACAAUCGUCUUUUGUAUAAGGAAAAAUUAUACAUUAGGAAGAAAUUCCACCCGUGGUGCCAAAAAGGCGAUGUAUCUGUUGGUGAGGAAUGGAAAAUGUUAGUCCCCGUAGCAAACCUUAGAGACAGAGGGCAGAAAUAACAUCAAGAGGUGUUUUGUGCUUUUAUUGAAAGCUCUUUUGUUCAGAUAUGACCUUUCUAAUGAAAUGAGCAAACAAGAAGAGGAAGCCUUCCCCCAGCUACCUUUUCCUGGGUAAUCUGUGAUCCAGGCAGCGGAGGGCCUUUCUUUUUACUCUGGAUGUAAAAGUGGUUUCAUUUCUUCCCAGAAACUGAAUAUCCAGUCUUGUGUUUACAGGUGGCAUGAAGUAAAAACCAAACUGAGCAACACAGUUUUAUGUGGCCUUUGCUUUGAAAGGGAAUAGUUGUCUUUACAGCAUUAGCUUUUAUUCUUUCUUACGUUUUUUAAACACAGACCACCCGACAGUCUGGAUUCUGCACUUCUGCUUUAUUAUUAUUGUUGUUAUUGUUAUUUUGAAAAGGGGCUGUAUAUUCUAUGUGUUCAGAAAAAAAGGUGCAGUCUUCUGGGUGGAUGAUGAGCACAGCUUACUCUCUUGCUUUGUGUGUGUAUAUUGAAUACACCUGUCAAACACAGGAAGUCUGUCUUUUCAGGGUUUAAGGUGCCUCCCUUUUCCUUUAAAAUUCAGUCAGGCAUCUUCAUCUGAGCCCCAGACUGACACUGUCACCCCCAGGUACACCAGUAGCGGGGCGGGCAUUCCCACAAGCUGGCCCCUGCUAGUAGGUUUUUUGUUUUAUUCCUUAAAAUGGUACCCUGAGCUUCCCAUUCAUUCAAGCCUUGUCUUCUGCAGCCUCCGGUAAACGGAGGCGUGAGGGGAAAACUACUGCCAGGGGUGGCUUGCAUGUAAUGGUAACAUGAGUUCACUAAAAUUAGACCAAUACCCACCAGCACAUUUUCCAUAGCCUCCUAAAUGUUCCCUGAGUAGUAACAGUCUCUGCAUGCUUUGUAAAUGUCUAAGCUGAGGAUACACAAAUUCUAAGUGUUUCAGGAUGGAUAAAAAUCAUAAAAUAAAAAUCUUUAACUCAAUCAAUGCUGUAAAUUUUAAGACGGGUGCAGGAUUUCUCUUGGAUAGUAUCUACUGCCCUUUCCUGGAGGCAAAAGUAUCCAAACUUUAUGCUGUAAUAAUAUGAAUCCUUGAAUAUUCAGUGUUAAUGCUAGAGUCAGGUGCAUUUCAAAAGUAUUCCUAAUACGUGUCUGUUGAAAUUGUCUCAUUGCUUUGGAAAUAGGGAAGGUAGCCAGUUUUACCCACACACCAUAAAGAAGCAGCCACUCGCCCUCCCCCUGCCCUCCUCUGCCCUGUAGUGACUUCGGACAAAUUACAGCAUUGGAAAUUUUUUCCCUGUUCUUAUUAUGGACUGAUCGCUAUUACUUUAGGUGUAAACUGGAUUGUGUAACUUCCUGUAUCUGUUAAUGUAUGGAUAGAUUUUAUACUUUUUUUUUUUUUCCAUUUACAAAAAUCAACUUGAAAA